UUUGUGUUCUUAUCAGAUCAGUAUUGUGCUGAAGUUAACACAUUUACCAGCCCUGCCAAGUUAUAGUCUUGACCUUUGUGAGUUUCCACUUAGUUCUACAUCUCGGAGAUUUUAUAUGAUGCAAGGAAUUGUGAUUGCAAUGACAACUGUAACCAAGUACACACAAGGUGCAAGAUUCCUCUGCUCAGAUGAAGCCUGCCCUCUUUCCAAAGGAUUUCAGUAUAUAAGAGUCCAUGUGCCUGGUGCUACCGAAUCUGCAACAGUAAGAAAUGACUUUUUGUGCAAUCUGUGUUCAUCUUCACUUCAAGAAGACAGAAAAUUUAGAGUACUUGGUGAUAAACAGAUAGUUGAAAUCAUUACCACAAAAGCACUUCAUGCUUUUCAAGGAGAUUGUAAAAAACAACCAUUUAGGUUUCAGUCACUUAGUAUUUUCCUAAGAGAUGAACUAGUGAAUAAAAUGAAAAUAGGAAAUGAAUAUAAAAUUAUUGGAAUUCCAGUCUGUAUCAAAACUUCACAAACUGCUCUCUGUGUAGAAGCAAAUAGUAUCACUCCUUACACAGCAACAGUUCCUUCAGGAAUUAGUGACAACUUUAGAUGUCUCCUGUCCUUGACUUCUGCCUCAUGCUGGAAAUUCACGGCAGUACUUGCCAACGUCUUUGCAGCACAGAUUGUUCCCCCUGGGACUUACAAUUUGCUCAAACUCUGUUUGCUGAUGGGUCUAGUACAGACAAGCGAUGGCAACAGGGACCCACAAGACUGUUUAGAUAUUUUAAUUAUAACCACUGACACUCUGCUUGUAGAUAGAAAUAAAUAUGGAACUGGAGCAGUGAGCAUUCAAGCCGGCAGUGCUCUGCUAGCUAAGGGUGGGGUCUGCUUCAUAGGAGACCUGGCAUCACAUAAGAAAGACAAACUCGAACAGCUUCAGUCAGUUUUGGAGAGCAGGAGCAUCACAGUGUUCAUCCCAGGAAAGAAGUUUGGGGAUGAUAUCGACCAGCAGAUGACUUUCCCCAUUCAGUGCAGUUUUUGGUCUUUCGUUGAUAUGGAUUCAUCUUCAAGGAGAACUGUGCAGAAAACCAGUGCUCCGAUUGGCCAGAUGGAUUGCAGUUUGAUUCCCGCUAAUCUUGUGGAGGCAUUUGGACUGUUGAUUCACUGCAAUGAAUCUUCUUCUUGCCACCCACUUCUUCCUACUGUGCAACAUACUUUAAAGAAAGCUAUGGAUCCCGAGGGGUUGCUUUACUUAGCUUCUAAACAGUUCACAACUGAAGAUUUUCAAAAGCUCCUGGCUUUUGCGCAGAAUUUGACUAUAGAAUUCAGCUUGGAGGCAGAAAGAAUGAUUCAUGGCUAUUAUCUAGCGAGUCGCAGAAUCAGAGCAGACUCUAUACACGGGUCGAAGCUGUCAGCAUCUGCAUUAAAAUACUUAGUUUCUUUAUCUGAAGCUCAUGCUCGACUGAACUUAAGGAAUAAAGUACUCAAAGAAGAUGUACUGAUUGCAGCCUUAUUGUUUGAAAUGUCUCUCACAUUGAAAUAUGGGGCCAGUGCAUUCUGUGUUGCUCCCAAUGCAUUGUUUCCCUUCGAACUGUAUGACGAAGAGUAUUUAGAGCAGAGAGACCUCUACCUGACUCAGUGCCAGCAGCAGCUCCAGCAGUUCAUCGUCACAUGUGGGCCUGGGGCAGCUCUCUUUUCUACUGACGAGUAAAGCAAUCUGAGCAAAGGGUUUCUUUCCCCGCCUCUGUCAACCUUGGUUAACUGUGUGAGUGACUUUGAAGUAAUGCUCAGCUGGGUACGGCCUCAAGGUAUCUAGCAGAAUGUCAUUCUGAGUACGAAAUGUGGCCCCUCCAUAAUUAACACAUAAUCCAAGUAUCCAAAACCAACAAAACUUUUUAUUUAAACAUUGAAUUACCAAGGAGAGUCACCUCAAAACUUCCUGGUUACCCGUGUAUCAAAGAUAUACACACAGUAGAGAACAUUGCAGUGUGAAAAAAGGUAGAUACCAUGCUUAACUUACAAAACUGAUGAGUUCAAAUCACAAUUUUUAUAACCCAGUCCUAAUGUAAGGCCUUUUGAUAUAUUAUCAAGUGCAUUAUGGGUAUAUUGUUUUAUACGCCCAAGUAUGAAGUCAAGGAAAGAUGUGGACAUCUUAUACCUUUUACACAACCAAUGACUUUUGACAACUAUUUGCUCCUGGGGGCGAAUGGUCUUCCUGCCUCCAAUUAGCUGGUCUACAGGGUACUACAGUGCCUGACUUUUGUAUUACUAGGUACUGGCUCUGAUGAGCAAGUUAACAACAGUGCAUACAAAUUAAUACCUGUUUGUGUCUUUUCAUGUGUGAAAGCUAAACCAACCCCCACCUCCCACCAAAACAAACACACAGUACCUCUCACACCACAAAGUCCUAGCAUUAGGAACUUUUUCAUUUUCCUGGGGAUCAAACCCAGGGCCUUGUGCCAGUUAAGCAACCACUUCCUCAGCCCUUAAUACAAAGGCUUUUAAAUGUCCUAAGUCAUCAGAAUGUUGAUGUAUUCUUUAUUUACUAAACCCAGGAACUCAAGAGGCUAAAAUUUUAAGUCUUUACUCAAAGAAAUCCAGUUUCAGACUUGUCAAGUGACUUCCCACACUGUACCUCAGCUACUGGACCAGACAGACUGCCAAGCAAUCUAUGGACAAGGAAAAUGAAGCUCAUGAAAGACGUGCACUUGACUGUGAGAACGACGCUCUAAAGACACACAUUUAAAGAAAUUACUGCCCACAACAGUUGCGGUUUAUUUCUACAUAAUUUAUUGUUGAUUACUAUCAAAUAAAACACUAACUCAU